UUUUGACAUUAUUGUAAUUUCUAAACGAAAGAAAACAAGAACAAGCUAUUUCUUAAACUGUCCGCCAAAAAACCGAAGCAUUAUUUGCAUUUUGCAAAGAAAUAAACAAAAUUGGAUACAAAAAUUUAAAAUAAAUCUUUAACAUGGUUGAGAGGAUAGAAGAUUUAAAUCUUCCAACAUCUGUAGUUGCUCGAUUAAUUAAAGAAGCUCUUCCCGAUGGCGCUAUUGUAAGCAAAGAAGCUCGUGCUGCCAUAGCUCGUGCAGCAUCCGUAUUUGUUAUAUUCCUCACUUCGUCAUCCACAGCUUUGGCAAAAAAACAAAAUCAUAAAACUAUAACCGCCAACAAUAUAUUUGAAGCUCUGGAAGAACUUGAUUUCAAUGACUUCAUAGAUCCUUUAAGGGAUGAUCUUGAAACACAUCGGAAAAUGAUCAAAGACAAAAAAGAUUCCAAAGCCAAGCUGUCUAAGGAUGAUGCAGCAGCUGAUAAUGAAGCUGAAGCUGAAGAAUUGGCCGAUGAUGAGUAAGGAAUUAAAGUUUGGUUAUGAAUAAGAAGAUCGUUUUGUAUUAUUUGUAUUGUAAUAAAAUUGCUAUGUAUUAAUUAAAAACAAA